AUGGCCAUUUCCAAGCUUGUCUUCACAAUAAUUUCUAUUCUUUUAUUCAAUUUAUGUAUCUCAACCCUUGCCAGACCCAUAAUAAAAACCCAUAACAAAUUGGAGUAUUCGUCAACGUACGAAAACAUAAUUAAUUGGCGACGCAUCAUGUUAGAAAAUGACGCGACGAUGACGACACUAGAUUCACCGAAUCUGCAUGUCGGCGUCGAGGCUGAGAAAUUUGUCGAUGAUUUCCGACCAACCGAUCCUGGUCAUAGUCCCGGUGCCGGCCAUUCAACUCCAACAAUCCCCACAGACGCCAACGUGCUUCCAAGGCCUUAA